AAGCCUUUAAAACGCCAAAGUUUCGAAACUCGCUUUAGUUAAACUGACAUCAUGCUGGGAGAGAAAGACGCUCUGGUGGUCGCUGCUUUUGUUUGUGCCCUCGUUCUCCACACCGAGGGUAUCAUCGGCGGCAGAGAGGCAGUGCCGCACUCUCGCCCCUACAUGGCCUCAAUCCAGGUCCAAGAAGGAGAAAAUAUGAAGCAUGAGUGUGGAGGCUUUGUGGUCGCUGAUCAGUGGGUGAUGACCGCAGUUCACUGUCUGCCAACAGGGCCAAAUGGAAGGAAAGUAGUUCUUGGUGUCCAUUCUCUGAGUGAACCCGAAGACGAAAAGCAGACAUUUGACAUAUUGGAACUUCACAACAACCCAACCUUCAGCGCAUCAAAUUAUGACAAUGACAUCGCUUUGAUUAAGCUGGAUCGUCCAUUUAACGCGUCUGAGGCUGUCAGAGCUGUGGAAUAUCUACGAGCAGGCGGCACAAACCCAGACACGGACGCAGAGGUGGAGACAGCCGGUUGGGGAUCUCUGAACAACCUGGGUUCCAGACCAGACAAGCUCCAGGAGGUGGUGGUCGAGGUGGUCAGACCCACUCGAUGCAGUCGCGGCGACUACUUUGGCAGAAAGUUCACCAGUAACAUGAUCUGUGCACAUAAAGUAUGUCCAGAGCCUUGUGACCAACCCUCCAAGAAACAGGACAGCUGUGAUGGUGACUCCGGAGGUCCUCUGCUCUACAACGGCGUCGCAGUGGGCAUCACCUCUAACGGAGGAAUGAAGUGUGGCCAGAUCAGAAAGCCUGGAAUUUACACCAUCAUCUCUCACUACACCGAGUGGAUCGACAGCGUCAUGGCCCUGCAACCUGAUGCUGCACAGAACGAGGAGUGAAGAGAGAGACGGCGGUACAGUUAUCAGUGGCUCAUCGCAGUUUUAAAUCGCAGCCAUGUGUCUAAUACAGUCUUACAUCCACUGAAUCACAGAUGAUUUCACUUUGGACAUGUUGGUUUUUUUUGCUGGACAGAAGUGCUCCACACUCAUUUGUUACUUAAAUGCAUGAUUGAAGAGAUGGAUCCCAACACAUUACUACCUAUAUGUUUAUGUCAGAAAAAUAUAUCUCACAGCAUUUAAUCAAUUCACUGUAUUGAGAAAUCAUUAAAAGGCAGUUUAUAGAA